CUGCCUGAGCGCUUUCGCUCCGCUGCUGACGCACCUGGACAUCGCCGAGUGCUGCGGCGUGACACGUGGCGGCAUCUGCGCUGUACUCGAGAACUGUCAUUAUCUCACGAGCAUCAAUCUGGAGGGAUGUCUAUUACGGCCGGAGGAGUCUGUGCACGUGCUGCGCUCCCUGGUGCGCAAUUGCCCCGAUCUCCGCGCGCUGAACCUUGCCAACUGCGCGCUAGAGGAGGAGGCAAUCGCUCUUCUGGCAUCCGAGGGCGGCGCCGCCCUUCCGCAGCUGGCCUCCCUCGUCCUUAACCUCGUGGAUCCGCUGGGGAUCUCCGUAAUCGAAGACCUCGGGCGCUCGCUGAAUCUGACCGAGCUGGUCGUGGGCUGGAACGAGUGGUUUGGAAACGAGGAGGCAGUGGUAGUGGCCGACACGUGUCCGCAGCUGACAGCUCUCGACAUAUCCUGGACCUCUGUGUCGGAUCCAGGCGUGCUCGCAAUAACGAGCGGGUGCCCGAAGUUGCAGAGACUAGUUGCCACGUGCACAAAGAUCACCGACGAUGCGGUCGAAAAGAUUGUGGAGAACUGCCGCGAGAUGAAGCAGCUCUGCCUGAAGAGGUGUUUGACGACGGACCGGUCGUUGGGCGUGAUCGCGCGCAGCGGUUGCAGCAAUCUGACCGGUCUGUGGUUGUACGGCGUCUACGAGACCUCCUGCGUGCCUUCCAUGCUGACUCUGGCCGACCUUCAUCAACUGUUCAGCAGGUGUCCGCGGCUGUGCGAGCUGACGCUCCGCCUAUUCGAUCUCUCCGCCUCCUCCGAGAGCAGGGCCGGAGGCGGAGGCGGGGGCGCCGCCGCCAUGGAUGUCGAUUGCCCGAGUCGCAAUCGGACGUGGGCGCGGUGGACGACGGCGACCGGCGAGCGGGAGGUAGCGGGGAGUGGAGGUCAAUCUUCCUGCACAGCCACCUACCGGUCGGCGCCACUCUUUCGCAGUCUUGCUAUGCUGCAUCAGUCGCUGCGAGGCGUCUCGCUGGUCGCGGACCCCAACUGGGUCUUCAGUGAUCUGCGCGCCGAGAUGUUCCACUUUCUCCGCGCUUGCCCGAAGCUGGUCCGCUUCGGUGUGAAGAAUUACCGCGGCAUGACGGAUCAGCUGUGCGGGGAGAUGGGCGCGGCAUGCCCCACCCUCGAACACGUGACCUUCGCCGGGUGCACCAGCCUCACGGUUGAGGGAUUGAAGCUGCUUGUAACCAACUGCAAGAGACUUAAGAGUAUCGAUAUCAGCAAGUGCGAUUCUGUGCAGGGGGACGUGGGUUCGAUUCUCCAACGGAAACUGCCAAACAGGAGGGUCGUCAUGAUCAAUCCCACCAUAGAGGCCGUGUGUAAAGCUUCGCGCAGAGCCGGCUUGAGAAAGGCAUGGAGGAGAAAGAGUGCCCUGCAACUGGCAACACAGAAGACCGGGAAGGCGGCGCCACGUACCGGUCGGCGACCGGCUCGGCUCGGCACGACAAUGUGGCGUAGAAGCCUGACGGCCGGAGAGCCAACCGUUGAUAGCCCAAUUCUUCUGUCCACGUCAAAUCCGCCUCAAUCAGAUGGUGGAAAUGCGGAGAAAAGAGGCCUUGAGGAACAGAGGGAUCGGUUUCGCCUCCGACGAUCUUGGAGAGGCACGGUUCUGAGACCCCUGCUUGUGGUCUGAACAGAGGGAUGGGUUUGGGCUCAUUUCGUCUAGGAGGGGCACGGUUUUGACACCCCUUUGUGUGGUCCAGAGAUAGGGAUGGGUUUUGCGUCCUUCGUCUAGGAGGGGUGUGGUUCUGAGAGCCCUUUGUGUUCCCCACUCGUUCACAGCUGGUGGUGAGGGGUGUCUCACAUUCAGUACGGACGUAGUGUUUGUCUGAGACGGGGCUGCGGCAUGUUUUCGCUUCUGUUUCCAGUGAGUUCAAACUCAGGUCUGCAUUCAACAGUUCAGGGGUUUGCCAACUGCGCUUUGCCCUGGAGCUGGGAUGAAGUCAAUAGAUAACGGGGCACGCAUGCAUGUGGCGCUGCACUGGUACAAUGAUUUAGUACAGACCCGAGGAAAGUUCGUCUGCUGGACUGUGGCGGUGGCGUCAAACCAGACAGAGACGACAUUUCUGUCGUAUAGCUAUGAACCUGUGUGCAGUUUGCUGGUGGAUGUGAUUGUAUGUAUAAGGACACACCAACUUUGCGUCAUGUGAACAGGUAUCAGUGCCCACCCAGAUGGGAGGGGGUCGCCUUCCACGAAUCGGCUAAAUUGCCCCACUUAGUGCACGCCAAUUGGGAGACAUCCGGUGUUCGUUCUUUUUCGGUUAUUGUGGGCAAAAUAAAAGAAGUGGGAGCCAAUAGUGGUGCUCAGUACCUGGUGCCCAUUGCCCCUGAAAAAAACAGGGGUGUAACUGGCAGCUUGCGGUACUCCAUCGUCUUUUUUCAGCAGGUUAGAAGAGCUUCGCAACGAGACCGUCCCCAGUCUUGUCUCUACCCGCAACCUGAAGUGGCAUAUGUAUUCUCACAGUGGGUGCAUUGCCUCAAAUGGGUGGUUCCUUUGUUCGAGCGAUGGAUGCGGCGGCGUAACCAAUCCUGCUGGGAGGGAGACUCUCAUAAUGAAAGCAGUGACGCGGUUUGUCCAGGACAAUGCCGCCCUUGGAGAGCUGUAACAGUUAACCCUACUGAUAAGUUGGCAGCGAUGUUCUUGCCCAUUCACGAUCCAAAUGGGUGCUUCCUGUGUUCGAGCGAUGGGUGCUGCUGUCUUCCCCUAUGCUGGUGGGAGGGCCAUUCUCAUAACGGAAGCAUUGCCAUGUUUUGUGCAGGACGGUGCCCGCCCGUUUAGAACUGUAACAGCUAGUCUACUGAUAAGUUGGCAGCGAAGUUCUUUCCCAUUCGCAUACCCAUAACCACAUCCAAUUUCAUCCAUCCUGAGUUGUUGCAUGCGUUAGCUGCAAAUUAGCAGUUCCCCGUUUCCCACUUUUCGGACGCAUUUAGCAUAUCCCCGUUUCCCACUUGUCGACGACUCUAUUAUUGGACGUAAAUAGGAUGAAGAAGAUGGUAUGAAUUCCGUAGAAGCACGAGCAUCUGGGGUGCACUGAAUCUUCGGAAAGUCUGCGCGAGACGAGCAUGUUACAGAUACAUGAAUCUGUUCAUAAAACAAUCUUAAUUACUCCUCUAUAUCUGGAAUCGACCGUCAUGCUGCAUAUCUUGGUUCUAUCUCCAGUAGCUUGAUUGUCUAUACGAUGAUGCUAAUGUGCCAUACCGUU